AGACGACCUCCUUAGACUUCUUUUUUCUUGUGAUGACAAUUCACAAAACACCAAAGUUAAUCAAACAACGUUCUACGAUGGUUGUGGGAUGCCGACACCAUUAACAAACGGGAAGUGCGGUUUAGGACCUCCAUGAUCAACAAGAACAUGCUAGAGCUACUCAGCUAGUUACUAUUUUUUUUAUCUGUAAGAAUUGAAGACAAAUUAUCUCUUACAUGCUCAAUAGACUAAGCUAGCUAGUAUAAGAAAAGGCCCUCCCUGCCCUACUCCUUUUUCACUACACUUUCUCACCCACUACACUACACUAUGUUUCCCCAGCCAUGGAUCUUCUUGAUAGCCACCAUCAUUGCAAUUUCACUGUUCAUGUCCUCACUGGUUGAGUCAUUUCCAGUAGCUGAUAAGGUCAAAUCCUUGCCUGAACAGUUACCUGUUUCCUUCCAACAAUUUGCUGGCUUUGUACCCGUUGAUGACAAGAACCAGAGAGCUCUUUUUUACUACUUUGUUGAAGCAGAAACCAACCCUGCUUCAAAGCCUCUAGUUCUCUGGCUCAAUGGAGGGCCUGGUUGUACAUCUGUAGGAGUUGGAGCCUUCACAGAACAUGGUCCUUUUGUUACAAAUCAAGGAGAAGCUAUUGAGAAAAAUCAGUAUAGUUGGAACAAAGAGGCAAACAUUUUGUACCUAGAGUCACCAGCAGGCGUUGGAUUCUCUUACUCUCUCAAUUUGUCAUUUUAUAAAACACUGAACGAUGAAAUCACAGCCCGAGACAGUCUGGUUUUCCUGCGGCGCUGGUUUGCCAAGUUCCCAGAAUACAAGAAUAGAGAUUUUUAUAUAACGGGAGAGAGUUAUGGAGGUCACUAUGUACCUCAACUUGCUGAACUCAUAAUUAAGAGUAAAGUGAAUUUCAACCUAAAGGGCAUAGCAAUAGGAAACCCUCUUCUGGAUUUCGACACUGAUAUGAAUGCAGUCGAUGAAUAUUACUGGUCUCAUGGAAUAAUAAGUGAUUAUGCAUACAAAAUCAGGACCUCUCUAUGUAACUCGUCUAGAGUAUUAAGAGAAUACUUCAGUGGCCAAAUUUCCAAAGAUUGUCUUGUUGCAGCUCAAAAAGUCUCAGAAGAAUAUUCUUUUACAAAUUUCAUCGACCCAUAUUACGUUGUUGGGGAGAAAUGUCUUUCUUACAAUGUUUCUCAGGCAGGUUUUCUUAGGGAGACGCUAAAUUCAGGGAUGUUUCAGUUUAGGAACUCUCAUUAUGUGCUUCAAACAGAAGAACCUGACCAGCAAGUUGAUGAGUGUAAUUUGAAAUAUUCAGAGAUGUACUUGAACAGGAAAGAUGUGCAGAAGGCUCUCCAUGCCCGGCUGGAGGGAACCACCAAAUAUCGUUUGUGCAGCAAGAUUGUACAAACAAAUUAUGACCCAUUGAACAGAGAGAUACCAACAAUUAAUGUUGUCGGCUUCCUUGUAAAAUCAGGUCUUCGAGUCAUCGUAUACAGUGGGGAUCAAGACUCUGUGAUUCCAUUCAUGGGCACGAGAAGAUUGGUUGAUAGACUAGCAAAGACACUAGGACUUAAAACAACCCUGCCUUACAGUGCCUGGUUUGUGGACAAGCAGGUUGGAGGAUGGACACAAGUUUAUGGCAAUCACCUCACGUACACCACAAUAAGAGGAGCUUCACAUGGCACUCCAGCUACUCAACCAAAGAGAUCUUUUGUUUUGUUUAAUGCGUUUCUUCAAGGGAAACCACUCCCUAAAGCAUGAAAAAUUUAAUGCUUAGUUAAUAAAUGUCAUUGCCAUAUAAGAAGAAGUAAAAUAUUGAUCUAUUAUCUGUUAUUUGAAGAAAAAAAAUGCUAACGCACUUCCUAACA